UUCCAAGGUUUUUUUCAUUUUAUUCAACAUGUACAGGUUUCAUUAUAAACAAAUUAAGUCACCAGCCACUAUAAGUGCACAGACAUCAGCUAACGGAAACAUGUUAAAAUGAAUACAAUCCGGUAAAAUAUUUGCAGCCCUUUUUAUUCGUUGGAUGUCGGCUAAGUACAAGAGUACCUACAUCUGCUGACGGACACUUAUGGAAAGGAAUAUAGUCCGGUAAAAUAUUUACAACUCUUUUUCAUUCGUUGGAUGCUGAUAUUACUAAAUUCAAGGCAGAUGUUCCCAGCACUGUAUUUCUUUUACUUUAAAUCCUUGAUCCCUCUGGUCAUGGCUACUGGCCCCCUGUGUAACCUGGCCGAGCAAUCAGUGAGUGGAAAAGCUCUUAAGGGUCACACCUAUAAAUCAAAAAGGGUGCAAAAUCCUUACGAAUGUUGGGUAUUUUGCGACAGUGAAGUCACAUGCCAGAGCUACAAUUACGUCAAGACUGGUAAAAUAUGUGAACUGAAUUACAUAACCGAGGAAGAGAAACCGGAGGAUUUUGUCCAAGAUGAAACCAGAUUUUACAUGAGAAAGUGGAAAAACAGAGCUGUUUGUACCGCUGUAGGAGUAGAAGAUCUUCACAUAGUACCUGACGCCCAAAUCACAGGAAGUUCCUAUUUUUUAAGUUAUUAUCCGCACAUGGGACGGCUAAAUGGAGUGAAAGGUUGGUGUCAGAAAACUAAAACAAUCACCGAUGACUACUUACAAGUUGAUAUGGGAGCACUGCGCAUUGUCUGCGCAGUCGCAACACAAGGGAAGAAAAAUGGGUCAUUCGUCAAAAGCUACAGGCUUUCCUUCUCUACUAAUGGGAGCCGUUGGAGUGCAUUUCAGGAAAAAAACAUCGACAAGAUCUUCCAAGGGAACUCAGACUUGAAUAGCAUUGUACAGCACACUCUGAAUAACCCAGUCCAAGCAAGAUACAUUCGAUUUUAUCCUGUCACCUUUUCGACAUUCCCUU